GGCGCGUUGAACACCGGCGAAGUAACUUGUCUUCUCUGUUGUUGUUGAAAUUAAAGCUGAAAUUAGACAAACAUGAGACAAAUAAUGUCUUUUCUCACGGUGACAGUGGCCGUGUUUUGUGCUGAGGCGCUGCCGCACUCUUACUUUAAGUUAAGGAAACAUCGUGGAGUGAAGACAGAGUCGCCGUUCACAGAGAAGUACUUCACUCAGACUCUGGAUCACUUCAACUUCAACAGCAUGGGAAACGGGACGUUCAGUCAGCGUUACCUGAUCACAGAUAAAUACUGGGAGAAAGGCGUCGGACCCGUUUUCUUCUACACGGGCAACGAGGGAGACAUCUGGGACUUUGCCCUCAACUCUGGAUUCAUCACAGAGUUGGCUGCUCAGCAAAGAGCGCUCGUCAUAUUUGCAGAACAUAGGUACUACGGCACAUCUCUGCCGUUUGGCCACGACUCCUUCAACAUCCCAGAGAUCGGCCUGCUGACUGUGGAGCAGGCGCUCGCUGACUACAGCGUCAUGAUCACUGAGCUGAAACAGCAGCUCGCAGCCACACAGUGUCCUGUCAUCGUGUUUGGAGGCAGUUAUGGUGGAAUGCUGUCCGUCUACAUGAGACUCAAAUAUCCAAAUGUUGUGGCUGGAGCUCUGGCAGCCAGUGCCCCCAUCCUGUCCACUGCUGGGCUGGGAGAUUCCCGACAGUUUUUCAGAGAUGUUACAGCUGAUUUUGAGAGCAUUGCCCCUGAAUGCAGAGAAGCUGUGAGAGGAGCUUUCCAUCAGCUCAAAGAACUGGCUGAAAAUCAAGAUUACAGUCACAUCCAGUCAGAGUUUAGUCUGUGUAAACCUCCGUCGUCUGCGCAGGACGUCCACCAGCUCAACGGUCUGCUGAGGAACGCCUUCACUAUGAUGGCCAUGCUGGAUUACCCUUACAGCACUCACUUCAUGGGCAACAUGCCUGCCAAUCCUGUCAAGGUGGCUUGUGAAACCAUGUUGAGUGGAUCUGACCUACUCGCCAAUCUCAGGAACACUGCAGCGAUCGUCUAUAAUUCCACGGGUGUGCUGACGUGUUUCGAUCUGUACAGUCUGUAUUUGGAGUGUGCUGAUCCCACUGGUUGUGGACUGGGCUUUAACAGCAUGGCAUGGGACUACCAGGCAUGUACAGAGGUCAACCUGUGCUUUGAGAGCAACAACGUGACGGACAUGUUUCCUCCCAUGACGUUCACUGAGGCAGAGCGCGAGCGCUACUGCUCCAAACGCUGGGCCGUGGUCCCGAGACCAGACUGGUUCAAAACCCAGUUCUGGGGUGAUGCUCUCUCCACAGCCAGUAACAUCAUCUUCUCCAACGGUGAUCUGGACCCAUGGGCAAAUGGAGGGGUACGGAAGUCCCUGAGCUCGUCUCUGAUCGCCAUCAACAUCCCUGAAGGAGCUCAUCACCUGGACCUGAGAGGACACGACGACGCCGAUCCUGCAUCACUGGUCACUGCCAGGAAGACGGAAGCAGACGUCAUCGCUCAGUGGGUGAAGAUGGAGAGGAGCAGAUUACUGCGCUUAUGAAAUCCCGGGACUUGUAUUUAUUAAUUAAUUAAUAUCAAGAAUACUUUUUGUUUUUCCAUAACAUGCACAAAAACACACUUUUUAUUCAUGAAUCAACAUAAUAAUGACACACAUUAAAUCCAACUUUGUAUAGGACAACUCACAAAGGAUGAAUCAUUUUUAAUCCCUGGGAUUAUUUCAUGUGAGUGACUUGAAAACUUGCCAACAUGCAGUUCCCCACAAGAGGGAGCCUGCAUCUUUUUUUUUUUUGUCAUUUUAAUGAUUAAUAAUCUUAUUUAAGGUUCUUACUUUAUGUUCGCUAAAAAAUAUGUAUUCUAUCUGCAACAAAACCGUGUUUUUCAUAAAUAUUUUUUAUUUUA